AAUCAAAAAUAGCUAUGCUCAAUGUCAUUUGUCCCAAAUGAAAAUAAACGAAUUUUACUUUUUUUGAGUUGCUAUACGUACUAUACCAAUAUUAUAUAGUGAAUUAUAUAGUAAAAAACUAAUUUUUUAUUAUUGAAGACUAUGGACAAUGAAGAAGAGAUUAUCAUGGAAGAAUUAGAAGAUGGAGAGAUCUCCUCCAACUCAUGCGACGAAUAUAUCCCUCUCGAAAGGCCCCCAAAUUAUAGUAAUAUUCCCCAGCCGCCUGUUAUCGAACAUUCUGAAAGUGAAGAGUUAGACCUUUCAAGUGAUGUAGAUAGUGAUGAUUCAAGUGUUCAAAAUAUCAAGGCAAAAAGGCCAAAAAUAAAGUUAAAACCAAAACCUGGUAAUACUUCUAACAAGAAAAAAUAUGAUAUAUGGACCACAAAAGUACAGGAAGAUGUAUUAUCAGAAACAUUAAAUAGUUGUGAUGUUACUAAGAAGGAUAGAUCUCGUGAUGUUGAAACUUAUGAUUAUACUUUAUCAUUCAAAAUGAAUAGAAAUAGUAACAAAAGAACUAGAGAAGAUAGGAAAAAUAUAUAUUGCAGAUUGGGAAAGAGAAGUGAGAAUGAUGAAAAGGAUAAUGGUAAAGGUGCUAGUCGAAUUAUAUUAGAUCUACAUACAACUAUUGAAAAUACUGAUGAGGAGAUAGCUAAAGAUAUGGCAAAUAAAUUAUUUGAACUGAAAGAAAAUUUGAUUGAGAGAUCUUUGAAAUUGAUUGGAAAGGAGAAAUGCUUCGAGGUUUUCAAACAGACUCAAGAAAUAGAAGCAGAUGGAGGAUUGUCUGUAAUGAAUUGGACCAGGCGUAGAACACCAGGUGGCGUUUUCUUUCAUCUAAUAAAAACGGACGAUUCCAUAGACCAAAAGUUGAGAUCGGCAAUAUUUGUUGAAGAAAGGAAAAAGGAUUCAAAGGAGAGAAAAAAGAAACAAACACAAAAAUGGAAGGAACAGAGAGAUAAAGAAAGGGCUAAAAUCUUACCAGAGCUUCUCUCCAAAGCAGAGCUGAUUUCUAAGCACAGAAGUUUGAAAGAAGUUUCUGAAGAUGAUGUUAUCAAUCCUCCUCCAACGCCUGAAACUGAUUGCCAGGAAAAUAGUUGUGAUGGCAUUGAUAAUUCAGCAUCUACGGCAGUGCCAAUGAAACCAUUGGAUAACGGAAAAAGAUCACACAGGGAAGAAUUGAUCAAAUACGAUGAUGUUCUUGACAUUGGUGACUCCAACAUGGAUUUAUUUUGAUUCAAUUAUCACUGUAUUGAAUUUGUAUAAAAGAUUAAAGAUAUCACUCCUGCUCAAGGACUGUACUGCCAGGGUUUAUGUAACAAGAAAAUGAGGGGGUUUGUGUUCUAAAAUGGUGAACAUUUUUCUGAAUGUUAAUUUUUUUUUUAUCAAUGGAGAUCAAACCUCUUAAUUUGAUAAUGAUAUUAUGAAUUUAGGUAAAAAACACUUCGAUAUUA